UAGCAACGCAUGACAACAUCAGACUUGAGUGCCUUUUCGUAAGGCGACCCCGCCAAUCGCCUGCACUUGAACGCCUCGUAGCGUUCGCCGCGCUCCUUCACCUACGCUGUGCGCGCCGCGAACUGCAAGCGCGAACGCCUAGGGAGCGCGCAAACGCCAGUCAGCUCCUUGAGGCUCAGCAAGCACCCCUCCCGCACGCCAUCGACGCAAAAGACAACGAUGCGCGCCGCCCACCGCCUCACGCAGCGCGUCGCCACAAGACAAGCAAGCGCCAUCGCGCCGACGGCCGGCCAGGGCGUGAACCCGGCCCCGACGCAUAUGCUGCCGCCCGUGUCGCUGUUAGUAGAGCAGCCGGAGGUCGGCGCAUUCAACCCGCCGAAGCGCCUGCUCAUGGGCCCGGGGCCCGGCAACGCCCACCCGCGCGUCCAUGCGGCCAUGGCCUUGCCCCAAAUUGGGCACAUGGAUGGUGCAUUCCUCCAGAUGGCCGAGGAGAUCAAGGAGAUGCUGCGCUACGCCUGGCAGACGAAGAAUCCUUUUACUGUUCCGUGUAGCGGCACUGGUUCUGCGGCGUGGGAGGCGCUCUGUGCGAAUCUCACGUCACCGGGAGACAAGCAUUUGGUUCUGGUGAAUGGCUAUUUUGGGUUGCGCCACUGCGACAUGGCGUCGCGCUACGGCGCCGAGAUUAUUAAAUUAGAAAAGCCCUGGGGCGAGGUCUUCACGCCGGAGGAAGUCGACGCGGCCUGCGCGGAGCACAAGCCCGACAUGAUCUGGGUCGCGCACGCGGAGACGUCGACGGGCGCCUGCCAGCCCAUGGACCAGCUCGGCGAGAUCGCGCGCAACCACGACUGCCUCUUGGCGGCGGACACGGUCACAAGUAUCGGAGGCCUGCCCGUGCGCUUGGACGAGUGGGGUGUGGAUGCCGCGUACGCCGGCGGCCAGAAGGCCCUGUCCUGCCCCCCCGGCAUCGCGCCCCUGACCUUCGGCGACCGCGCGCUCACGAAGAUGGACAAGCGCACGGCCGCCGGCGAACAAGUGAAGAACUGGUACUUAGAUAUGAACAUGAUCAAGCAGUACCUCGUGGUCAACGACUUCGGCGUGCCGCGCGUGUAUCAUCAUACGGCGCCGAUCAGUAUGGCCUAUGCGUUGCGGGAGGCGCUGGGCAUCCUGACGGAGGAAGGCCUCGAGGCGUCCUGGUCGCGGCACCGCGACGCGGCGGAGUUCUUCUGGAACGAGCUCGAGAAGAUUGGGUUGGAGUGCCACGUCGACUGGGAGCACCGGUUGCCUACUCUUACGACGGUGAAGAUCCCGGAGGGCAUCGACGGUGGGAAGGUGGUCACUUACUUAAGGGAGAACUACAACAUCGAGAUCGCCGGCGGGCUCGGCGCGCUGGCGGGCAAGGUCUGGCGCAUCGGGCUGAUGGGCUACAACGCGCGCCGCGAGAACGCGGCUUUGGUCUGCGCCGCCCUGCGGGACGCGCUCGACGCCCAGGGCUACUACCGCGCGCCGGGCCUGCUCUACCCGUCGCGCCAGCACUCGCGGUCGUCGUUCCACGGCUCCGCCUGAUUUCCCCCUACCCGGGGUUAUCUCCUGUCCAUAAAACUAUAUCGUUAUUA